GGUGUCGGUAUUUAAACGGAGCUUGUCUGUCACUCAGCUGUUGACUUAAUAGCGAAGUUACUCAUCUUUGGACCAUUUUCGUGGAAUUGUUUUGUGUUUUUGACACAAUCAUGGGAUUUCUACUCACCAAAAUGAUGGCUGUGUUCGGAGAUAAAGAACACAAAGUCAUCAUUGUGGGUUUGGACAAUGCUGGGAAGACCACCAUCCUCUACCAGUUGUGAGUGCUGUCAACACUUUCAAAUAAAUAAAUAAAGAAAGAAAUAUUUCCUCACAGUUUGGUCUGAGUCAGAAUGUUUUUCUCACACAAAAACACGUCUAGUCUGACCAAAGAAGUAGUCCACACUUCACCUACCAUUGGAAGCAACGUUGAGGAGAUCACUGUUCGUAACACUCACUUCAUGAUGUGGGACAUCGGGGGCCAGGAGAGUCUGCGGGCCGGCUGGUAUUCCUACUACUGUAACACUGAGAUUGUCAUUCUGGUUGUUGACAGCACCGACCGGGAAAGACUGACUCUGACCAAAGAAGAGCUUCACCGGAUGCUCGCACACGAGGACCUACAGAAUGCAGCGGUUCUCAUUCUGGCUAAUAAACAGGACGUGAAAGGCUCCAUGACGGCAGCAGAGAUCUCUCAGUGCCUCACGCUCGACUCCAUCACAACGCACUCCUGGCAUGUCCAAGCCUGCUGUGCCCUGACAGGAGAGGGACUACCUGCCAGUCUAGACUGGAUGAAAUCUCAGAUUGUUCCAAACUAAAACAGCCCUCCAGUGAUGCAAAUGUGCUCGAACCGAGCCAACUUCUGCGACGCCGAGGCCACAUUUUUGGAACGAUUCAGUGUUUCGGGCCUGUGUAAUAGCACGUGUAACAGCAUCUACCUCCUACAUCCACAGCCUGCAAAAAGCCUCAGGGUGGACAAGCAAAGGGGGCAGGCUUUGUGUAUGUUUACCGAAGUGUUCCCUACAAAUGUGCAAAGGUGCACGGGGAAUGCUUUAAAUAUCCUGCCUGACUAGUAGUAUCUAGAUCAUAAAGUCUCUCGUAUCAUCGGGGCUUAUCAUGUGAUAAAAGCUCCUUGCCUUAAUGAACUGUGAGGUUGUGACUUAAAUGCCAGCCAUUCAUUCAUUACUAGGAAAUGAAAGGGUUUUACUAGUGAUGUCAAGAAAUAAACUUGAACAGCAAAGCUUCAGGGAAAGUAUUAGGGAAAGUAGAUAACAGAUGGCCACUGUUAACUUGAAAGCACCCUGUGUAUUUAAUGUUCACUUGGCUGAUGUGCUGAUUUCACACAAGCCAAUCGCUGGAAAAUCACUGAUUUUGAUUGUUAAUUCUUGGCGGGAAUUACUUUCUUUUUUUUAGGCAUACCUGAGUAACUUCUCAGUUCCAGCACUUGCAAUGCCUCGGUGGUUUCAGAGGAACUUAUUCAGUCACGGUUUAGACGCUGCCUGGUUUCACAAUAAACCUCUAUGGAACAUGUUUCCACAAUAACAAACUAGAAAUUGUAAGCACACGCUGCAGCUCCGAUGGCCUCUUCUCUCUGUGAACUUCUGCUAUGUUGAUCCAGAAGUCUGUACCCGCUCUGAUUUAUGUUUCAUGCCAAUGAAGAACAAGACUGUCAUCAAUAUAUUUAUUACUUUAUAUGUAUAUAUAUAUAUUAUUUUUUCAAAUAAAUCCAAGCUUUUAACUAUACUCUGUAUAGUAUAACUAUGUAAUAUUUUAAAUGUAUAUAUUGUAUUUAGCAAA